CUUUUUCCAUUCUCCAUGUGAUGUUACUCACAUUUCUUGGAACCUCAACUUAGUCCCACUUUUGUCAUUUCUUUUUCCUCUCUCUCUCUCUAAUAACAUACUCUUUUCUCUUCCAUGUGAAAGUAUUCAUAUUUAUCUCUCUCAGAGGAAUAAUCAACAGCACCUUAAGCCGCCUCAGUUUGUUGGGUUCAUCUUUUUACCUUCUCUCUCUCUCUUUCCAUGGGUUUUUCUUUUCAUUAAUCUCAUCAUCAUCCCAUCGUCUCUUUCAUCUUCCCCUGUCUUCUUCCUUCUAUCUCUCUCUGUAUUCUAGUGCUCAAAAUCAUCUUCCAUUCGAUUCGAGAGGAAAAAAAUAAAGUCAACAAAGGAAAAACAUUCUCAGACAUUCCCCUUGAUACAGAAGAGAAAGUUAAACAUUCUCUUUGGUUUUUUUUCAUAUUCUAUUUUCUUUUUUUGUUCCAUUUUAUUUUCUUCUUCUUUAAGUGUUUCCCUAUCUCUUUCCAUGUCUUUCUAGGUAUUGGACAUUUCCCAUCAUCUUUUCAUCUCAUUUACAACCUUUAAGUGAUCUCAUUUUUAGAUAUUCAGUUGAUUCUGGUUUACAUGAUUACCUUUUGGUUCUGAAAAGAUCAUCUCUUCAUCUCUCUCUUUUAAUCUUCCUAUGAUUCAACUUAAAAGUUGAGGUUUCAGGGUAAACAACGUUAAUCAAUCAACGGAUUUCCAUCACCCUGUAAAUCUUAAUACUCAUCAACUGCUAAUGUAAAUCGCUUCAAUUGAUGUUCAAUUGUGAACCAAAAACAAUUAAGAAUUGAAUCCAAAAAAAGACCAAAAUUUAAGGGUUACAAUAAUUUGAUAUUUGACAAUAAUAACUAAUCAUAUUCAGUGAAUCAUGACAACAUCCAAGUCAGCAAUCAACUCAAAUAACGAGAAUCUGGUCAACAGAUCAUCAUCAUCAACGGAAACCAACAACAAUUAUGAAAAUAACAACAAUAACAAUAAUAAUAAAUCAACUGAUUCCGGUAAAGAGAUGGAUAUGCAAAUAUAUUGGUCUUAUGUUGCUGGAUAUGCAAUUCUUCAUGUUGGUGCUUUAUAUGGUAUCUGGUUAAGUCUAACCCAAGCAUCUUGGACAACAUUAAUUUUCACCUUUAUUUUUUACAUAGUAACUGGUUUUGGGGCAACGGCAGGCGUUCACCGAUUAUGGUCUCAUCGAGCCUACAAGGCAAAGUUACCGUUAAGGAUUUUACUGGCUUAUUUUAACUGCACACUUUAUAUAGGUCCUAUCUACGAAUGGUGUAGAGAUCAUCGAGUUCACCAUAAAUACACCGAAACUCAUGCUGAUCCAUAUAAUGCUAAACGUGGAUUCUUUUUCUCUCAUAUUGGCUGGUUGAUGUGUAAAAAGCAUCCCGAUGUCAUUGCCGCUGGUAAAAAGAUCGACAUGUCCGACAUUGAAUCCGAUUCGGUCUGUCGAUUCCAACGUAAAUACUACAUGCCUCUAACUAUAUUAUCCUGUUUCAUUAUUCCAACUUUUAUACCAAAACUUUGGGGCGAUUCUUAUUGGAUUGGAUUCUGGAUUCCUGGUCUACUUAGAUUUGUCCUUCAGCUUCAUGCUGGAUUUCUUGUAAAUAGUAUCGCCCAUAUGCCAAUGUAUGGACGUCGUCCAUAUGAUAAAAACAUUUACGCCGCUGAAAUCCCUUUGGUCUCUUGGUACGCCGGCGGUGAGGGUUUUCACAAUUAUCACCACACUUUCCCCUGGGAUUAUGGUGCCAGUGAAUUAGGAUGGAAAUGGAAUCCAGCGAAAACAUUUAUCGACCUGAUGAGCGCAAUCGGCUGGGCUUAUGACUGUAAACAAGUGAAUCCCGAAUUGAUUAAGUCCAGAAAAGAGCGGACUGGUGAUAUUAAAGACUGUGGUCCCUAUGGUUAUUAUUAGUGGUGAUGAUGAUUGUUAAAUCUAAUCAUCAUCAAUUUAAUGCUUGAUUGAUUAAUCGACUGACAAGCGAGAGAGAGAAAA